AGCACUUGACACGAGGAAAGGAAAGGAACGAGGCAAGAGAGCAAAGAUAUUGGAGGUGGCGUCAAGACCAACUUGUCCCGGGCUCCAAGGUAAUAUAAAGGCGUACAUCGACUUCACCUGGUUCAACUUACCUGGAACAUCGAACAGAGCUGCGUUGUCCAGCCACUGCCACACGAACGUCCGCCACUGCCACACCAUCACUUUCCACCAUCAUGGUGGUGUGGUUGGUGAUGUUCUUAGCAGCGUCCAUCUUGGCGGAGGCAGCCAUACCGGAUCCACCAACUUCCGGUAUCACAACUGUCGGAUCAUUGAAACUAGCAACAGCCGCUGACUGUGCUGGCGUUGUUGCUUUCUCGGCUACUCAGGCCUCUGUCGACCACGCCAAAGCGGUAUUCGCCGAGACGCUGGUCGACAAGGGCGUGGGUUACGUCGCCCAAACAGGAAUCUUCAUCACCCAUUGUCCAGGCCUGUAUCAGUUCAGUUUCGCCGGAUAUGGAAGCAGCGAUCUCCGGCUCACCCUGAAAAGGAAAUUGAACAAUUCCGAUAGCUGGAGACCCGUGGUCGGCGUCGGUGCAGGAGGUGGUAGUAACUUGAUCUUAUUGGACGUGGAAGUUGGAGAUCAGCUCGCUGUUUUCGUCGACGCCGGGAAAAUAUCGGGCGGGGCCACGUUCUCCGGAUAUCGAAUUGCCAAAAAGUAAUCGAACUGCGGAGGCGAGGAUCGUUCUCACGAGGAAAUCAAAAUUGGAAAAACUUUGGAAACCAUUUUCGAACUUCAAUUCAUACGAAACUGGGCCAGGUUUUGGGCAGUCAACGACGACGUGGGACCAUUUAUUUGAAAAAUGCUGCUUCGACAGUUAAAUGUCAGACAGACAAAUCGAAAUUCUCUGAAAUUGAUCGUUAAUAUCAUUGGAAAAAUUUGAAAUCGAUCCGUUCACCGAGUAUGAAAUUGAGACUAUUUGACUUGAAUUGGAACCAAACCAAAGGUUUGAAUUCGCUGGUCCUUUGGGAUGAAUUUAAAUUUUGAAUUUGGAUUUGACGAUGUUUCCGAAUUGAGAAACGUUCGAGCAGAGCGGUUUUAAUCUUUUCCACGAACUUGACGCUCUGUGAUAGCUCUUCCUCUACGUUUCUACUUUUCGAAGCCUUGCAAUUUUAUUGAUCUCAUACUUCAAACAUAAGAUCGCAUCGGCACGGAUCACUGAAAUUGCGAGACUUGUCUGCUCAAUUGGUACACUAUCUUCGACAUUCUUCUCUUCUCUGUUUUCUUCUUUACUCUUUCUUCGCCUUCCCUUUAUUUUUUCUUCACUUUGUAUAUUAUUUUUAUUCUAUCUCUUGGUGCGAAUUUCCUUUCAAAUUUUACCCUUUAUUUCUCACUUUGAUCUUCUGAAAUUUCUUCUUCUGUAGAAGUGAUCUUUUAAUACUGAUGCCACAAUCUGGUACUCUGUUACUUUCGUUUCAUUUUCCUCUUUUUUUUUAUUCUGUCUUUGUCUGUCUUUUCUCUAGUACUCUAUUCCUCUAAAUUCUAAAUCUCUUUCUCUCUUUUCCAAGCUAUUUUAUCUUCGUCUCAUUUUUUCGAUAUACCCGUCAGUAUUACCCGUCAAAAAUUUGUUGAACUUUCCAUGAAUUAUUUUCUGUUACCUACUUUUCGUCUCUUUCCUCUGUCUCAGGCCUACCUUGCCUCGCAUACCUCCUCUCAUAUAUAUAUAUUUCUCUUUUAUUUUCUCUCACGAUGCUACAAACUUAUGAAUACCAGGUUACUACAGCUAGCCUUUGCUCUCUUAUUCUUUUAAUGGCAGACUCUCUCUUCAAAUUUCAUAUCUAUCUUUUGCUCCCUUACUCUGCUAUCUUCACUGUCUGUAUUUCAGUUAGUGAUUUUAUCUUACUUUUUCUUUUCUUUUAUUUUUAUUUUUUUUUUUUUUUUUUUUUUGUAAACUCGA